AAUAAAAAAAAUAUUACAACAAGUAAUAAUAAAAAAAAAUCAUGAACACUUGGUACUUUGAUAACAGAAAGAUCUGUCUUAUUAACGUAUGAUCUUACUUAAAAUGACACCUGAUUCUGCACCUGAUCAAAAGAUUAAAUUUUUUUUUUCUAUAAAUUGUCUCUUCCUGAUGACCUGAUGACAAUUUUGGACAAAUCCUUUUCCAAGAAACGAAUUUACCUAGCCUGAAUUUACUAUUUCGAUUUGUUUUUAUUUUGUUGACCUCAGUGAUCAUACCCUCCAUGGGUAAACCAAAACAACGUAGACAUCUACCAUACGACAACACACACAUGCGCACUUAUUGAUGAUUCCAUAUACAUAUACUCAUCACCACUUGGAUGUAUAUUUUUUUUAUAUUUACUUUCCAAUAAAAAAUUGUCACUUGACUAAUUUAUUUUACCUUUUAAUUAAUUUAAAAUGUAAAAAUCAAUUGUAAAACAAUAAUUAUUAAUGACAAAAAUUCAUCAGGUGCUAAUAAUUUUAAAUAUAAAUUUAUCAAGGUCAAAUUUCAACGUCAUUUUACUGAGUGUCAACUAGCCAGUGAUAAAAAAAGGAAACAGUGAUAAAAAAUCAGCUCAAUUAUUUUAAUGUUAUAAAAAUUUUUAUCUGUUUAUUUAAUUAUUUAAAACAAUGAAUUAAUUAUUAACUAUUUAAUCAUUAGAUGGGCGUAUUUUGCAUUUUUUAUUUCUACAAAAAAAUAUAUUUAUAUCAAUGUAAUCAAUUUAUUUAUAAUAUAUUUAAUUAUUAUUAAUUAUUUAUUUAUUAAAAAAAAAUUUCUAUACUCAUUUUAAAUAUAUAUUUAAUAAUUUAAAACUACCUUGGUGUCUAUGAAUAAAAUGUUUACCUCGACCUUAAAAUAAAAAUAGUCAAAGUGCAAUAACAAAUUAGAUAUUAUUUAAUUAAUUAAUUAUAUGAAAAAUUGAUUUUUUUAAAAAUUCAUUAAUAAUGGAGGCUGUUAAUGGACAACUACAGACAAAAUAUCAAAAAAUUGCAACUGAAUACUCCAAAAUACGUGCACAAGCAAAUGUACUAAAAAAAGCUGUGAUUGAUGAACAAACACGUAACAAUGAAUUAAAAGAACAAAUAAAAACAAAAGACGUUUGUUUACGUCGUGCUGAACAAGAAUUAGAUAGUUUAACAUUUCGUAAUCAACAAUUAACAAAACGUGUUACAGUACUACAAGAUGAACUUGAUAAAACUCAAAAUAAAUCAACUAAAAAAUUACGUAAUAAAACAGAUACAACAAAUUUACAGUUACCAUCACAACCACCACCACCAAAUCAUGUUUAUGUUGAAGAAUUUCAAAAAAAAAUUGUUGAAAAUGCACAGCUACUAUCACAAUUAUCAGAUAAAGAUAUGGAUAUUGAAUUAUUGAAUGAUAGAAUAAAACAACUUGAAUAUAAAUUAGAUUUAUCAGAAAAGCUAAAAUUAGAUAUUGAAGUUAAGUAUCAUGAUAAAAUUGAUAAAAUUGAAAAAGAUAAAAUUGAACUACAAAAAAAAUUAAAUGAUAAACAUAAACAGGAUGAGACAAUAUCAUGGUCUAGCUUUGAAACACAAGGUAAAUGUGUUUAUGAUUAUGAUGGUAAAAAUAAUAUAACAAAUAAUCGUAAUGUUGAUAAUAAUUCACCAUUUUCAACACCGUCAUUAUCACGUAGAUCAUCAAAAUCAACUGAUAAUAAUAUUAGAUUACAAAAAACACCAGAGUUACAUGAUGAUGAAUAUGAAUUUAGUAAAAUUGCUGAUAUGGAAAAAGAGUUAUUACAAUACAAGAGUGAUUAUAAUAUUUUAAAAAUUAAAUAUGAUGAAUUGUAUCAGAGGGAAAGUUUGAUGAUGUCACAAGUUGAUCCUGAUACACUGGAACCAGUUGAAAUUAAUAACAUGAUUGGACGAUUGAAGGCACCAUUUGCUAUACCAGAAGAAAUUGAAGAACGUGAAAUGAGAAUUAAGAAUUAUUUUCUUCGUGAGAUUGAUAAAUUAAUUACGGAGAAACAUAUUUGUCAAGCUAAAAAUCUUGCUGUUAUUGCUAAUAGCGAGGUAAUGAGUGUUCAUUUGGAAAAUUGUGAAGAGAAAAAGGAAAAAUGUGAAGCUGAACUUUUAGAGGCGUUAUCAAGAUGGAAUAAUUCUCAAGAAGAUAAAGAUACUCAAGAAGGAAAUUAUAAAUCACAAUUAAGCACAAUGACUGAACAUCUUGCCAAUAUGAAUGAGAAAUUAAUUUGUCAAACUGAAGAGAUUCAACAACUGAAAUACGAAUUGGAAAAUAAAAAUGGAAAAAAGGGAAAACAAAAAUAGAUAAUUUGAUAUAUAUUACAAACAUUCCAAGGGAAAUUUUUAAUGAAUUAAAUAAAUUUAUAUUUCAAAAAUUUAAAAAAAAAUGUUUUAUCAAUAUUUGAAAAAUUUUUAAAUUGAUUUUUAAAUAUUUUACUUGUAUCAAUGUCAGAUACUCAGUGUUAAAUUAUAUUAAAGAACAAAAUUAUAUACAUAAAUAAAUUAAUUUUCAUUUAA